GUUGAUCAGAGACUGGAUCCAAAAUGGCGGCUAAAUUUCUGAUUUGGAGAGGUUCGCAGAUUUUGUCUAAUAUCUGUACAAAUCCGUGCGUAUCGAGCGGUUUGAAAGGACAUGUGAGAAUAGCUUCAAUACUGGGGAAUUUAAGCUGGUCACGUUGUAGUUUAGAUGUCAGAAGAUCCUACUGUACUUCUACUAGUUUUAAGACUCAGGAAGAUCUUCAACCUGCAGAGAAUAUCUACAGUGCKGUGUGUGUGGARAGACUUCCUUUAAUUACACCAGAUAAAACAGAUCUGGCAAGAAAAUACGAGGAACUACAAGAUCAAAUUGAAUUGGAGAAAAGUGCCUUGUCCGAGGACGAGGCUCAGGUCAGACAAGUUACAGAAAGAAAGAAGAAGUUGACAGAAAGAGAUGAAGAUGAAAACUUGGAAGUUGCACAGUUUGAAGAAAAAAGAAAGGAAUUUCAUGAAGAGCAAGAAGAAGAGUUUCGUCAAUUUCAACCAGCAAAUCGGGAAACUGAAGCAGAUAGAAAUAACGACUUGAAGAGUAUAAAUAGAAAACUGGAACAAACAUUAAUCCUUUUGCUUAAAAACAAAAAGUCUUCAUGGGAAAUGCCUUUAGCAGCCAUACAAGAUAAGGAAACACUCAGACAGACUGCAGAGAGAAUGAUUAAGCAAGCUUGUGGUACUGAUAUCAAUGUGAAAUUUAUUUCUAAUGCUCCAGCAGGAGUACUGAAAACUGCAUCAAAAAAUACAAGACAUCUUAAUAGGGUGUUUUUCUACAAAGCUUGUUAUGUUGGAGGCUCAAUUCACUUAAGUGAAGAAUACGAAGAUUAUGURUGGGUUACAAGAGAUGAAAUCAAAGACUUCUUAAAACCAGAUUAUUGUAAUACUGUGCUUAGAUUUGUACGAUGAAUGAUGGCAUUCAUUAGCUGGUUAACUAUCUUAUGUCAUACUUGCGUUGUUUACCAACUGACAUCUCAGGAUAUUUCCAAAACUGUACAAGAAACAUCAUACAUGAUCAAUAAAAUAUCUGAUCUUGAAAUUAAAA